AUGUCACAAGAACCCGCACCUUCAUGUGCGGUAAUGAAUACCAUUACGGGUAACUUCAUUGAUUUAUCACCUCUUUCAAAUCAUCCUUCCAAAGGCCAAAUAAAUCGAUUCGUAGCGAAGAAUUGGGACUCAUCACCAUGCAAUUUUACAAUCGCUAUAUGCUCCUCACCAAACAGUAAUAUUGAAAAUGAACAGUUGAGCAACUUAACAGGUGCCUUCUAUUACGAUGAGCAAAUUAACAAAUACGUGUCUAUUGGUAAGUUUAAUGAGACUCCCCAAUUGAUCGGACCCAAAGAAUCUGCCAAGAAACUUAUUUUGAAAUACAAUAAUGGGGAUAUUUGUCCCAACGGUAAAGAUCAGAAAAGCAGUAUAUUCAAUUUUGUCUGUGAUAAAGAGUUAACUAAUAAAAUGGCCAAAGUCAAUUUCCUUGGUAGUUUUAAUGAUUGCGGGUAUUUUUUUGAAGUAAGAAGCAUAUACGCCUGUCCUACAUCCAACAGCAGCAAUGAAGUAAACGUACUAGGUAUAUUUGUUGGCAUUUUUUUUGUGUUUUUCCUAGUAGAAUUGAUUAGACGCCGUUUCUUAAAUACAUCACAUGACUCAUUGAUUGAUCGCAGUUCCACAAGGGGCCCAAUAUUUUUACCAGACGAACAAGAUAUUGGCGAGAUACAACGCUUGAGUUUGACAAACACUCUUAAUAAUAAUAGUUUGCAAGAUGAUUUAGAAGAGAAUGUUCGUUGGGAAUUUAUAGAAACUGAACCCAAAUGGAGAACCCUUGUGAAAAAAGUGGCCAAUGCUACCGCAAAAAGCUUACAAUUGUUAACACAUCGUAAUACUUCUACAAACUCUACCAUAAGUAGACCUAUAUAUCCGUCACUGAAUAGACCUGCCACAUCUGCUUCGAAUAGAAUUACACCAUCGCAAGAUCAAGAUCGUUCUAACAUACCGGGCCCUUACCAAGACCAAAUCCCCCCCUUAGGCACAUCUACAACUUUGAAUACCAUCGCCACAGACUCAACAGACACAGCUUUUCUCAGGGCCAUGGCACAACAGAAUAGCAUGCUUGACGACCUAAGUGAACAGCACGUACAACUACAGCAAGACAAUGCAUACGAAAGUGAACAUUAA